GGACGGAGCGAGGCGCGGGGGGAGGAGAGAGAGAGCUGCCUGCUUGAGCCGUGAGAGUGAGUCGGGACUGAAAAAGUCUGUAAAGAAAGAGAUCCACAACCGGAACGUUAAUUUCUGUCAAAGAAGUAGGAAAGCUUGACGGAGAAAGAUGUCAAACAGCGAGGAAGAUGGCAUGGAGUAAACCGCUAAGAGACACUUAGCGAGACAACUUGUUUUAGAGAAGCUCUACGCUCCGAGUUGGAACUGUUGUCCGCCACAACUUAAACAGUUUUUAUAUCGCACCUAUCUACAGGACGGAAGGCUACAACAAGCUGCGAAGUGUUCGCGGAUCGGCUCCGGGGGAAAGCCUAUAGUGUGGCUGCUUUGGUCGGAGAGAAAAGCGCCGAAGGAGCGGACGACGAUAGCGCGCGCCGCGGCACAAGAGCUCAACGCUGCCCCGCUGGAGCAGUAGCGAUAAAAAGUUUUUUCCCGAGUUUCUGCCGGGGUUUCCUCGUGAGGAACUUUGGGAGGACAGGAGGAGAGUGACUUUUCUUUCCACGAGCAACUUCGUGGAAUUCUUGGAAGUCACACCAAACUUAAUCCUCACGUUGCUGUUACAAGAAGGAAGAAUGAAAACACCUGGAGAUUCUGGUUUCGCAUUCCCAGAAUGGGCCUACAAGCCGGAGUCCAGCCCGGGGUCGAGGCAGAUCCAGCUGUGGCACUUCAUCCUGGAGCUGCUGCGGAAAGAGGAGUACCAUGAUGUCAUCGCGUGGCAGGGAGACUACGGCGAGUUCGUCAUCAAAGACCCAGAUGAGGUGGCCCGGCUGUGGGGCGCUCGGAAGUGUAAACCCCAAAUGAACUAUGACAAGCUCAGCAGGGCGCUCAGAUAUUACUACAACAAGCGGAUUCUCCAUAAGACCAAAGGAAAGAGGUUCACCUACAAGUUCAACUUCAACAAAUUGGUUUUGGUCAACUAUCCGUUCAUCGACAUGGGCUCUGCAGGAAGUGCCGUCCCUCAAAGCGCCCCUCCCGUCCCGACUGGCGCAGGUACCCACUUCCGUUUUCCACCUUCGACACCAUCAGAAGUUCUCUCUCCGAAUGAUGACCUGCGCAGCCCGGGUGUGAUGUUCAGCUCUGUGGCGAGGAGAGCGCGAGGAUCUGUGAGCGACUGCAGUGAUGGUACAUCUGUGAACUCUGAGAUCGAAGAGGGCCCUACUGCUCCGACCGAGGAGAGGACCGCGGAGAGGGGUGUUGGUGGUGGAGGAGGGUACCGUGGCAUCAUUCACCCACGUUUACCCCAUGAGUCUCUGUUCAGAAUGUACCCGGGAAACCCAGCAGCGCACCCAAGAGGUCCCUCCAGUCACCGCAUCCACCCUGAACCUCUGUCACCCUUCCCUGUGUCCCCUCUGCCUGGCCCAGGAGGAGUGAGUCUCUUAGCCCCCCCUCUCUCUCCAGCACUCUCUAUGACACCCACCUCUCACCUACCCUAUAGCCCGUCACCCAGUCUGUCCCCUAUGCUUGGUUCUCACUUCUCCUUUAACCCCGAGGACAUGAAACGCUACCUGAAGGCCACACAGUCAGUCUACAAUUAUGGUCUGAGUCCCAGGGCAUUCAUACAGUACCCCAACAUCGUUGUCCCACAGCCACACCGACCGGAGAAGUCCAGUCUGGCAACUGAGAGGGGAGGAGGAGAGAGGGGAGGAGGAGAGAGGGGAGGAGAGAGGCACCACCAUCCCUCUUUGGGUCACUCUGCUCAUCAUCUCCCACACCAUCCACACUCCGCACACCCAUCACACCCUAUGCACCACCCGCUGCACCUGGGGGAGGAGCCACCUCACAUGUCUCCAUUCAAGUUCAAGCUGCAGCCGCCGCCUUUGGGCAGGAAGCAGAGGGACGGGCAGGGCCCGGGGAAGCUCCGUCAGAGCUCUCUGUCCUCCGGCUCUGGGUCCAUGUCGUCCACAUCAGGCAUGGGCUCCUCACUGUCUUUUGGCAGCGACUUGAGUUCGGCCAGCGGCUCUGGUCUGGUCUCAGCCUCAUCUUCAACACAGUCACUCAACAGUGCCGGACUCCCAAAAAUCAAGGUGGAGCCCAUCUCUGACAUUGAAUCAGAGGAGGUGGAGGUAACUGACAUCAGCGAUGAAGACCCAGAUGAGAGAGAUGAGGAUUUUGAGUUCUCUUCUCGUUUCUCCAGAGCCCCAAACCACCAUCACCAUCACCACCACCACCACCUUAGCAAUGGCACAUCCCAUUCCCAUCAGCCCCAUCCUGAUGAUGACUUGGAUGAAGAUGUCUUCAAAGCUCCUGCCCCACCUCCGCCUGGCCUUUUGCCCUUCUUUGCCUCUCAGCACAUACAGUCCAAUGCCCAUCGCGGGCCACCCGUUCUGAAGACUGAACCAGCAGAACCAGAGGACGUGAGCCCACCUCCCCCUCAGCCAGGGUCGACGGGAGCCCCCCAGACCAAGUGCAUCCCCCUAAAACUGCGCUUCAAGAGGCGCUGGAGUGAAGACCAGCGCAUGGAGGCUUCACAGGAGGAGUCUGAUGAUAAGAAAGUGCGACCAGAGGAAGAGAGGAUACGACAGACUCAUUGUAACGGGCGAGUGGAGGUGGAGGAAGACGGGACAGGCAGUGCAGAGGGAGAGAGUCCCCCUCCUCUGGUGUACGAAGGCUCUUUAGUCACUCCUCUGGCCCCACACCGCAGAGUGAGUGCCGAGCUCCACCGUGCCACUGCACAGCUGUCUCUGGAGAAUAAAGAGUGCUGAUGAAGACCACCGUACACUACUGCCCUCUUCUCUCUCACAUACAGGGGUGCGUGAAAGUGAAAGGGCUUCUCUGAGAUACCUUUCACUACAGUGAGUUCUAACUCCUGAAAAUAGCAGAGAACUACAAGAUCCUGCUUAACUACUAACACCUCAAAGACACAGACUUUGUUCCAUCACUAGUUCUAGUAGUUUGAUCUUCUCUGUGUCAGGACUCCUCUGGUUUGAACCUGUUGGGGAAUGAGAGAUGCAACUGUCUUUAGCACAGUGACUGGUUCAACCAGAGACCUCUCUCACCUGGCCAGUGAAGCUGCAGAUAGCUGCCCCAUUUCCUCAAGGGACCCACUCUCUCAAAGCCCACAACCUAGCACUCUCCCUAUAGUUUUCCUGGAGAACUGGACUUCAACAAGUGCCUGUAUGUACAGUGACACAGAAGAGCACAACACAGGGAGAGAGCUUUGAGUUGUCAUUGUCUCUAGAAAAUGUAAGAAUUGUUAAAAAAAAUGUUGGGGCUCAUUAGGAACAUACAUCUCUAUAGUUAAAGAGUGGGUGCUUUCUGACUGAACAUUUCAGAACUGACUCCUAAAUCUGGCUCACUCCACUCAGGGAAGCUUAUUGCUGUAUGUUCAUAGGAUUCGUGCACACAAAAAACACAUGCGCAAGCAAAAACAAACUCCAGGCAACAGUUUUAAAAUACAUUUGGUGACGCACAACUUUACAGCACUAAACAGCAUAAAGCUAUUGUACCUGCUUCUUUCUGCCUCUUCUGUCCUUUUUCUCUCUUGUGGACCACAUGUGGAAAAUGCAAAUUCCACAUAUAAGAACUGUUUUCCCAGUGGAGUUGUGAGUAAAAACAGAAGAAUGAUGACUUACUAGAGGUUUAGAGAAAUUGCUGCUAACGGGGACAAGUGAGAACAGACAAAUAUUAUAAACUAUUCUCUGCAUACUGUAUAUUAAAUCUGAAAGUCCCUGCAGCACAAGAUAACACCAGCCUCUGCAUUCUGUACAAGUAAAAACCAGCAAAUGUCCGUACAAAGAGUCCCACAUGCACAACACUGCCUUCGGCUCCAGUUCUUUGGUUUCAGCCCUGUCACUGGGUCCUCCAGAGUUUGUGAGCACCUACACGAAUUGGAGAAAGCAGGAUCAACACUGCCUCUCUAUGCCUUGUUUUUAUAGCAUGUAUGAAAACCAAGCUCUAGCAACACACAGACUAUACCUUUAUAUAUUUUAAAAUGAAGUGAUUACAAUUUUAAAGCAGCCAUAGUGUUUUAAAUAUAUAAAAUAUUUCAGGAAUUUUUAAUAUUUUGGGGAGAUUGCAGCACAUUAAAGGUGCGUUGUGUAUCUUUUCUGGUAGAGGGUCCUUCACCUGCAUGUUUAUAUGGAUAUGUGAUUGCUCUGCUUAGAAUGUUUCUUAGUAUGGCAUUAAACAGCUCUACCUUACAUUUAUUACAUUCUAUAGUUUUAUAGUUCAAAAAUACUUUUUUUUGACUGUGACUGUGGUUGCCUCUCCACAGAUCUGACCUUUUAACUUCUCAUUUGGUCUGGUUUGCUCUGCAUGACGAUAAGAAAGGUUUAAUGCCAUGAAACAUUGAAACAUUCCAGCCAAAGCAAUAACAUCUUCAAGGAGAAAAGCAUUUGACGGACCCUCCACCAGAAACGUUAGACAAUGCACCUUUGAAGAAAACAAAAAAGCUAAGUGACAAUAGCCAUAAUAUUCUGAGCACAAAUCAUAUAAAAAUAGGCCAGAACCAGAUGCAGGAUCUAUCUCAGUGGGAAACCUCGUCUUCAAUUUAGUUUCUUUGUUUGUAAUGUUUUGAUGGCCAGUUUCCCUGCAAAAUCCGCAGAUGCCUUAGACCGACGCAAAGGAACAUAGAGUUAAUUAUUUCGGCAAGACGAGGUACCUCCCCUCAAACUAUGCACAUGCUCAGAAUCCAUUAUAUUUUAGAAGACUUGAUUUUUGUUUAGAUCUGCCAUCAGUUUACUCAGCAUUUCAGCCCAUAUAUAGACUGAUCAAAUACAAAUAGAAAAUGACUGAAUAUUCCACACUGAAAUCACAAAGAAGCUUGUCUCAACAUGCAAAAAUCCACCGACAUCUCACUAAAGCUUUUGUCUGUAAUUGAACUGACAGUUGCCUUAUUAUUAUUACAACUUUUAUCCCAUUAACUGAAGAGGCACCCUUUCAAUCUUUCUCUUCUCUCCCCUUAUCCACAUCCUGACAUAGUUACGAUAGACUAACAGCACAAAAAGUCUCUCAAAAGAUUGUCGUUCUUAAGAUUUCAUUUCUAUUUCAGCAAUUUUUCUUCAUCACAUCUUAGCUCCUUUGAAUUCAACCCAAACCCUAACCGUUUUCUUUUUUCAAACAAAUGUAAUAUAAUUAAAAUGUGUACAUUUUGUGAGCUGACAGAGGAACAACAUUGGGAAAUUGGAGAAAAAGAUAGUGGAUUUUAUUUACAUGCAGAUGGGGUAAUUUUACCUUUUUUCGUCAUGUAUUGUAAUGUUUUGUUUUAUAAUGUGUUUUUUUCUCUUGAUUGUGUAUAUUUUUUAUCACUUACGGGGGACUGUACCAUUUUAAAAGAAUUCAAAAUUGAGUUGUAUUGUUUAAUGUGUAAAUUUCUCCCCAGUUUUGGUCAUUAGUUUUGCCUUGUCUCCCAGAGCAGUUGUAUAACACUGAGAUGGAGAGAUGAAAAGUUAAUACCAUGAUGUAACAUUGAAUUUCUCUACUUCUGUCAUGUUUUUUUUUUUUUUCAAACUUGUAAUUAAGAUGUAAUCAGGGUUAUUAAACCAGUUAAAACCCA